AUGUAACAUAUUAAACUAUUGAAAGUUGUAGUCCUAGGUGAUUCAGGUGUUGGAAAAACAAGUAUUGUAAAUAGAUUUGUUUUAGAUAAAUUUGAAUAAAGAUAGCAAAUUACAUAAGGAGCAUCGUUUGUUUAAAAAGAUUUUAAGAAAGGAAAUAAAAUAUUUAAAUUAUAGAUAUGGGACACUGCUGGUUAAGAGAAAUAUAGAACAUUAGGACCCUUAUAUUAUAGAGAUUCAGAAGCAGCUAUAGUUGUAUAUGAUAUAACUAAUAAAAAUUCGUUUUAAACAUUAUAAUAAUGGAUAAAAGAUUUAAAAGAUUAUGCUUCAGAAAAUAUAAAUAUUGUUUUAGUUGGAAAUAAAACAGAUUUAAUUGAAUAAGAAUAAGUUUCUUUUGAUAAUGCUAAAUUAUAUGCCAAAAAUAUUAGUGCUAAAUUUUAAUAUGUUAGCGCAAAAGAGAAUAAAAAUAUUUAAUGUAUUUUUGAAGAUAUUAUAAAAUAAAUUGAAGAAAAAGAUGUGAUAAAUGUCGUAUAAAAAGUUUUAAAAUUAUAUAAUAAAUAAAACAAAAAAAUUGUAAAUUUAUGA